AAAGAGAGACAGGACGGGAGAGGGUAGGAUAGAGCGAAUGUUGGGGAAGAAGGGAGAAAAAAAGAGAAAAGGAGGUGGAGAAGGCAAGAAAGCAAGAGAAAAAUUAGACAAAGAAAGCGGUCUCGAUAUGCUAGAUGAUUUGGAGUUUUGAAGGGGACAGGGUAGGAGGGGCGUUUUGGAGUCGGAGAAGGGGGAGGGGGAGAUGUGGGAACAUGCUGGCUCACUGCUGAGGUGUCAGUGUCUGCACUCUGCUGAGACUCAGACGGAAGGAAGGAGUAAACUGGUACCACAUCAGUCCAACCAAGACUCCUGAAGAACACACUGAAUGUACAAGAGAUAGUCAGGAAUAUCCAACCUGGAGGAAAAUUGAAGUUCAGUAAAAUAUGUUGUUUUUUUWAUAUUAAAAACAAAGGUGUUUUGGUGUUAAAGCCUUGGUCAGGCUGCAGGGUGCUCUGAGACUCAUAGACGAAACACAGAUUCAUGGAUUCAUAUUCUGACUCUCCUUUUAACUACUCCUGGCCCUCUUUCCCCAAGACGAGGAUACGCAAGAAGAUGGACAAGCAAGAGAAGAGCCAGUCAAUGAGGAGGGCCCAGGCUCUGUCGUCUACUCUGGCUGCUGCCUCCAGACUCUCAGCCAUGAUCCACCAACCAGGGAAGGACCAGGUGUAUGCUAAUGCCAUGCUGGUGGACCAGGUGGAUGACCUGGAUAUAAAGUACAGUUCUCCAGUGGAGGAGGAGGUGAGCUCUGUGCCACAGAGGAACAGCCCUGCCUGGGACUCCUUCUUUGGAAGUCUCCCUGGCUCCACGGCUCCUCACAGGGACCAGGCCUUCCCCCUUCCUUCAUCUCCCUUGGCCUACCCCUUUCCUUUCUCUGGUGGUGGUAAUAGGGGGAGGAUCCAGCCGUCCGUCUCCCUCUCCUCUGGGCUCAGUCACAGAGGAACCAGUCGGCCURAGAAGACCUGUGUACUGAGUUCCAGUCUGGAACCAGUAGAGUGUGACAGUUGGAGAGACACCCUGUGCCAGUCUCCCCCCUCCUCCCCAACUUUCACUCCCUGGCAACGCUCUGACCUGCAUACUAGCUCUGGGGACGAGACUCCUUUGACAACUCGUCGAACUUCAACAGAUCAGUCAGACCCACAGCUUCGUCUGCGCUCUUACUCCUACUCCUCCCCCAAGGCCCAGCUUUCACGCCCCCUGUUCACCCGAGAUGCAGCGAUCUCCGACCUGACAGAAGGACCUGGGUCAACACAGUGA